AUGAUGGCGGACAUUCUGACGAAGUCCUUGCCAGCGCCGAGAAUGGAGGAGCUACGCAAGAUGUUCAACUUGAGGACGAUUCAGGCUGAAGUCGAGGAGGAGUGUUAG